AUGAGCAACUUCUGCUUCUGGCUUUGGAACGUUCGUAGCUCUCAGUCCGAGGACGCUGCCAACAGUACCUUAUCUCUCAUGGAACUCUACCAACCUCAUCUUGCYAUCCUCAUCGAAACCAACAACCUCACCAAAUACAAUCCUAUCAUCACCAAGUACCCAUCAACAAUAUACACACCAAACACUCCCAAAGGUCAAGGAAUAGCUAUUGUUCCCCUCGACCCAGAUCUCACCAUCACCAACCCAGCAUUCUCACCCGACCAACGCAUCAUCUCAUUUAACAUCACUCGACACACAACAACUUACAAAGUAGGUGCUCUCUACGUACCACCUCAAAGACAAGACAGAACACCUUGGCUCAACGAAUCGCUAUUGCCCUCGCUCCACAUCAUUGACAACUGCGACAUCAUCAUGGGCGACUUCAACAUGACACCA